AUUGCGUUUUUACAUUGCUUUGGAAUGAAACACAAUGCCAUGUUAGAUCUGGAUCUGCAUUGUGUUCUGUGCUGAACAUUUUACCCUGAAACUGUACCUCUGGAUGACUCAUGAUGGCCAAGCAUUGUCCUAGUGAUGACCUGAGUAAGAUCCCUGACGAGGAACUGCUCAGAUGGAGCAAAGAGGACUUGAUCAAGAAACUGAGAAGAGUUGACGGUGAGAAGAUGAACCUAAUGCUUGAACAUAGCAACAUGAUGAAGGAUAUCAACCGCAGACUGCAGGUGCACCUCCACGAAAUCCGUAAUCUAAAGGAGAUAAACCAGAAACUGCAGGAUGACAUCCAGGAGCUCAGGGAGCUCUGCUGCUUUCUGGACGAUGAUCGGCAAAAAGGUAAAAAGUUGUCACGGGAAUGGCAGAGAUUUGGGAGGUAUGCGGCGAGUGCUGUGUGGAAGGAGGUGAGUACCUAUCAGCAGAAACUCAAGGAACUGGAGGUCAGCCAGGAGAACAUUCUGCGGGAAAACACAGAGUUGAAGGAGAUCGUUCUCAUGUUGGAUGAAGAUAGGAAUGGAGCUGGAUCUAGGAGUUCCAUUGACAGCCAGUCCAGCCUGAGCAACCUCAAUGGAGGCUCUGGGACUAUUAGAGAUGUUGGGGAUGGGAGCAGUACCUCCAGCGGUGGAAGUGCUGGCAGCCCAGACCACCAUCAUAACCAUAUACACAAAGCUGUAGAGACUAAGAUAGGGUCCAUAAGGCGGCCGUUGGAUGAUCUCCCCACUCCACAUCACCACAGGAGUAUUCCUAAUGGACUCAAUGAUGCAUCCUCAAACUACAUUCGUCAGUUGGAAACCAAGGUCCGCAUUCUAGAAGACAAUAACAACAAACUUCUAUCACAAUGUAAUCCUGGAGACCUGCAAGCCCUCCGGAAGGGCAUGACCCUCUACCACUCAGAGUCACAGCUGUCCUCUCUUCCCCAGCGCCAGGAAGCCCUGCUUAAUGGGACAGGAAGGCUACAGACCAGCGAGUCUUCCCCCUCCACAGGAUUUCUCUCAUCUGUACAGAAACCUGAGGCUGUGGUCCAUGCCAUGAAGGUUCUGGAGGUCCAUGAUAAUCUGGACAAGCGUCGUCCAGAGGAAAGUGAGGAAGACCUGAGUGAGAAAGAGAAAGCCAUAGUGCGAGAGAUGUGCAACGUGGUGUGGCGUAAGCUUGGAGACGCGGCCGGAUCAAAGCCGUCCAUCCGACAGCAGCUCUCUGGGAAUCAGUUCAAAGCUCCUCUAUAGCAGCUCCAACACACAAGGAGCAUCCAUCAAACUCCAGCAGGGAAAAACUCAGAAACAUACACUCCUGUCCACUACAACCACCUUGCAUGUUGAAUUAUCAUCAGUAGCCAAUGUCUUACAACCACCUUGCAUGUUAAAUUAUCAUCCGUAGCCAAUGUCUUACAACUUGGGAUAAAUUCCAAAAUCACCUUUCAGUAAUAUUCUGAGUUCAAUACAAGUUAAACUUAUUCGACAGCACUUGUGGCAUGCUGUUGAUUACCACAAGAAUAUAUCUCGACUUGUACAUCCUUUUCUUUGAAGAAAGCAAAAAUUGUGGUUACAGUAAGACACGUGGCAGUGAAUGGGUCCAAUCCGUAAACAAUAAAAUAAUCACUGUUUCAAAAGCAAACCCAGAAGUAAACAAGAUGUGUGUUAACAUGAUUUUAAUGUGAUAAAAUCGCUUACUAACCUAUUCUACGUAUAUAAAGUCCAAUUUUAUAACAUUGUUGCCAUGGCAACGUAACUAUAAUCAUAAAAACAAUGAUUUAACAACUUUACAGCUCAAAUAAUACACAAGUAUUAAAAGAAGAAUUAAUGUAAGUGCUUUGAUAAAAGCAUAGCUUCAAAUUGGCCACAGUCACUUCUAUUGUAAGUGCCUUACUUUUGCUUUUUUUUUUUUUAUAAAAGGGGGGACGAUGCAGAAUUAUUUUUUGAGUUAACCAAAAUUAUGGCACAAAUGCUGUUGAUUGAGCUUAAACUUUCUUGAACCUGGAAUAUUCCUUUAAUAUUUAGAGCAAUAAUCAGCACUGCAUUAAUGUUGUUUGAUCAUUGAAGGGAUAGUUCAGACAAAAAUGUUUAAUUAGUCUGUCAUCAUUUACUGAGAACUUGACAGAACGUUAGCUUCAGUCACCAUGGACCCUUUUCAUAUUUCCGGGUUUUGGAAAGCAGAAGUAAAUUAUUGUAAACUUCUAUAGCAAUAAAUGGGAGUAAAUGGGAGACCACGGCAAUUAUAUAUUAUGCUUACCCAUUUGAUCCAACAUCAAUGGAAAUAUGCCACUAUUACGUUUCCACAACUUUCCAAAUGAGGAAUAAAUAGAGAGCGAUGGAUUAUGACAGACAGAAGAUGCCAGAUUUAUGGUCACUUUCUCAGCAGCUGUUUUAGAAACCUCAUUGUAUCUGUUGUAACUUGUUUUCUAAAACUAAUUCCAGGGUAAUAUAAUACAAAUUAUAAUGUUAGAAAUUGACACACAAUUAUAAAAAAAUGGCAAGUAUAAAAAAGUUUUCUAGAUUGAUAAGACUUGUGUCUCUGCAGAACAAAACACCCAUAGAUUGAGAAACCCAUUAUUAUACUUUAUGCUGCUAAAUAUGGUGGAAAUGCAUCAUCAGUCUGUGAAAAGGGUCCAUUCUGUUUCAUUGCUCCUUUUUUUCCUAUCUAAUGAAAGUGAAUGGUGACUGAGGCUAUCAUUCUGCCUAAAAUCUCCUUAUGAAAGAAAGUCAUACAGGUUUGGAACAACAUGAGGGUGUGUAAGGGACAGUGUAAGGGAAUAAUCGUUUAAACUGUCCUUGAAAUUAUAUUUUUUGUUCUUUUUCUUACGUUAUGGAUCUCAUUUGAUAUGAUAGGCAGCUAGUCAGACUCAUAUUCAAUCGGCUUGCCUCAUCUUUGUUACCAGUUUGCAAAACAGUGACGUAGAAAGUUUGUCCUGCCAACCUUCUAAAUGUUUGGUCCAAUAAACUUUAGUUUACUCCUUUCAGUAUAAAGUGUGAGACGGCACAUAAACGUUCAACUCACUCCAAUGUGCACUUGUGCCCUUACCUCCUGUGCAUCAGGAACAUACAUUACAGACUCUGAAACACAUGUAAGAUAUGUACAAAAACAUCAGAUCACUUUAUUGUUAUUUUAACUUUUUAAGCUUUUUUUUGUUUGUUUUUUAACUUUUUUCUAGUGGAUGUUUGUAACAAGUCAGCUCAAUGAUAUCUAGGGUUUCUUAAGAAUGCAACACUUUUUAGAUGAUACAAAAGUUCUUUGUCCUUGUUCUGGGAUGAAGCAAAUUAGCACACUGAACCAAAAUCAUUGAUUUUUGUAAGUUUAAGAUGUCAAAUUUUAAAUCAGUUUGCCGUGCAUGCUUGACAAUCACAUCUCUCAGGUCUGGGGAAUGACACGAGUACAUCAAAACGUGCUAAAAAUGAUGGAUUUGUCUUUUUCCAGCCUUUCUUUGUAUAUUAUAUCCUUAAUUUUAAUCAGUGUAAAACAGCUGAUGACAACUGCUGAAUUCAUUUUAAUGAACCUUUAUUCAUGACUGACAUUUUGACAGAAAACUUUUUGGUAAACUAAUUGUGAAGGAUCAAGACUGUUAACUCAACCAGUUUUUUUUACUAUACCAAGUUAAUCAAGUCCUUAAUUGGGGAUACUUACAAAUUAAAUACUAAGUUUAUGUUCAGAAUGCAAUACUAGCUUUCUGUUUACUGCAUACUGUGUAAUAUACACUGAAUACUGCUUAUUUAAAUAAUGACAUGCAUGUUUAAUUCAGCGAGUGGUGCACAGUUCGUCAUCAUCUUCGAAACAAUUAGUUAUUUUGCAUUUUAAAUCCAGUUUGGUGUGUAAAAAAAACAAAAGUCAACUUUUGCAAGUCAAAUAAUGAUGUAAUGAAAGCUUGCUGCAAAUGGAAGGUCAAGUCAAUCGCAUUGCAUUGAAAAUAGAAAUAGUAAGAGUAGUAUGUCCUUCUGAACAUAAAGUAUAUCGGUUAAAGGUAGAAGUAUGGUGAGAGGAGUUUGACACGGCUCUUUAAACACAGAUCAGUCCAUUUUUUUUUCUCUUUAAGGGAGCGUACAUUUGAUUGGUUGGCGUAAGUUUGAUUUGUCCCACCCAAAUACACAAACAUGAAAUGUUGCUAUUGUUCUUAAUGAAAAGAGUUGCAAGCAAAUCCAAUAAAGUGCCCUUCCUCUCAGGAAACGGCCUGAACACAAAGCCAUGAUUUUUGGAUGCUUUUAUUGAGCAUGUACUGCCUCUUUUGUGCAUGGGGUUUUGUGUGGAACCUAUGCGCCUGUACCCUGUGUUGUGUCAUUUUCUGUAAAAUCUUUGACGUUUAACUUGUCUUCAGUGUUAAAAUCACGUAUUGUAAGAGUGAGCAUGAGUACAGAAUCUGUUUAAAGGGAUAGUUCACCCAAAAAUGAAAAUCCAGAUGUGUACGAGUUUCUUUCUUCUGCAGAACACAAACAAAGCUGUUAAAAGGAAUAUCUCAGCUUUGUAGGUCCAAACAAUGCUAGUGAAUGGUGACCAGAACUUUUAAGGUCCAAAAAGCACAAAGGCAGCAUCCAUAAAUAUAAUCCAUAAUCCAUCCAGUAAUCUAUAAACCUUCUUUAUUGGUUAAAUCCAUGUCUUCAGAUGUUAGAGGUGUUGAUGAGAAACUGAUCAAUAUUUAAGGCCUUUAUAAAUCUCCACUUUCACUUUCUACUUGUAUUUUUGGUAAAUUGCAUUCUUCAUGCAUAUCGCCACCUACUAGGCAGGGAGGAGAAUUCGUAGUAAAAAAAAAGGCCUUAAAUAUUUAUCUGUUUUUCACACCCCACCUAACAUACCACUUCCGAAGACAUGGAUUUAACCACUGAAGUCAUAUGGAUUACUUUUAUGAUACCUUUAUGUCCUUUUUGGAUCUUCAAAGUUCUGGCCACCAUUCACUUGCAUUGUAUGGACCUACAGAGCUGAACUUUCAUCCAAUAAUCUUUGUUUGUGUUCAGAAAGAAAGUCAUGCACAUCUUGGAUGACAUGAGGGUGAAUAAAUAAACAAUGAGAGAAUUUUAAUUUUUGGGAGAACAAUCCCUUAAAACAGGAGAGAUUGGGCUGAUAUUAUGGCAAACAUGUAAAGAAAGUUGUAAAAAGUGACCAAUUUUGUC